GAAGCAACGGGAAAGAGCGAGAUUUGCCGAUCCCAAGUCGAAUCGGAGAGAGAGAGAGAGAUAGACCGUCGCGAGCGGCUAAUCUUGGCUUCGGGAACAUCAGAAUCAGAACCAGAAUGCGAUUUCAUAGCUAGUGAUGCCGCUCGGAUCACUUCUCGUGGAGAUCGUUCGUGGUCUGUGGUUGACCUCGAUUUGAUGCCUAGGAAUAAUCCGAUCAAACAGUUCGUAGGCAUGUGGGAUAACUUUCAUAUAUAAUGUUAAUCAUCCGUUCAUCCUUGUCUCGGUUUUGCUUGUACGAAGCUAAAUUGAUGGGUGCGUCGAAGAUUUUAGAGUGCUGAUCUAGUGCUGGGUUCACGAGCUAGUGGGCUGAUAUGCUCUGCAGAGAAAGGAUUGAUCUUUCUGAACUCUAGUUGCUAAUGUGUGUGCUUGUUAACAGGUUGGGCUUGCAUUGGAGUGGAAAAAUUUUCAUUGGGGGAAAGGGGGUCUUUGUCAAUGCAGAGACAAGCGAGAACUUUACUUCCUUAAGAAUUUGAAGGUCGGUUUCUCGGAUAGAGCAUUCCACAGCGCGGAAUCAUCGGUUUCUGCAUUCGAUCACAAGUGGAUCAAGCGAAGCCUGCAUUUGUCUAAAUAGAGCUCUUGGUUUUGCGAUUCCUCAGAAUUACCUUGGUUGAUGUUCUCUUUUCUACUAAGGAGCGCCUUUCCUUGUCUCCUAUGCGUUUUGGGGGAAUUCUAAAACGUCUGUUAAGGGAGGGUGUGACUGACUAGGAGGAAAAUGGUUGAUCGAGACAUAGAGAUGGUUUGAAGAUGAGAAGAGGGUACUUCGUGAAGAAUUCAAUCGCUUUCGUGUGCACUGUUGUUUCGCUGUGUUGCUUUCUCAUACUGUUUCUUUCGACACUCAGGCUUCCAGAGGUGCCGUCCGGUAAAGAUGCUGUAAGAUCUCAGCAGACUGCAAAAGUCGGGAGAUUCUCCGAGAAUCGGCAUUUAGUAGGGACGUUUGGGGAGAUGAUGGUGGAAAUGCUGCCACAAGACCUUGCUUUCACCGUCUUUGUCCCUUCGGAGAAAGCGUUCGGGCGUGAUCUGCGGCUGAAUGUGAAAGAAAGUUUCGUUGCAGAGAACAUAAACAACACCUACGCGAUUGUUUCACGCGUCCUCGGAUUCUCUGCCGUCCCUCGAGCUCUUACCUCAGAUAUGGUGCCCGUAGGCAAGGAGAUCUCUCAUGAUUCGUUGUCUGGUUUUACUUUGUAUAUAUCGAAGGCUGUCUAUGGGAAGAUAAUAGUCAAUGGAGUCCGAUCGGAAAGUCUGGAUAGAAGGAAGGGCGAGAUUGUUGUGCAUAUUAUGGAUGGGGUCGUCAUGGAUGCUGAUUUUAAACAAUCGGUUCAGCCAGAUUACGACGAAGGCCGAUGACUGCAAGCCGUGGACGCAUUGAAGCGGAUGAUUUUCUUUCCGCCUAAUUACAAGAGGUCAAGUACCAAUUGAACGCAAAUGACAAUUGCACCGUAGCAAAAUACUGUCUUUACAAUGUUCACAGAAAUGGAAAGUAGAAGUGGGUAAA